AUGGGAUCCACAGCCUACACACCUCCUCCAACGACUGGCUCCUGUGCGCCUCCUCCAGCGACUGGCUCCUGUGCGCCUCCUUUCCUGUGCGCCUCCUCCAGCGACUGGCUCCUGUGCGCCUCAGACUCCAAAACAUGGAGUAUGGAUAAUCAGUUGAAGGAUAUCCUGCAUCUGCCAGCGCCUGUACUGGAACAAAUCCUCCUUGACGUGGUCUUGCAGGAAGGCAAUGGAGCUCUCCUCACAUUGGCCGUGGUGUGCAGGCAGUUUCGAGAGGUGGUUGACACGGAUUGGUUCAGGAGACGAGCACAUUUUGACACAAGCUGGCAGACAGACAUGGGUUGUCCAUAUAUAGGAAAUCCGACUGAUAUCGAGGCAGAAUUAAUUCGUAAUGCCUUACGCCGGGAGAGGAUCUUUAGACCCCGUUUAGAUGUGCUGUCUUUCCCAAAUGAAUAUCUGUUUGAACGGUACCGUUUCUCAUUAAAUUCAAUCAUUUACCUGAACAAUAUUCUCCGGCCACACAUAUCAAAUGUGACACACCGCGGAUGUGCGCUCUCAUCGGAGCAAAUGUUGUGCUACAAUAUUGGUGAUGUUGAACACAUCGGAAAGGCCACGGUGUGUAGAGCUGUCAGAAAGGUGACAAUAGCUCUGAAACGCCUGCUGCCCAUAAUGGUGGUGUUCCCUGGGCACAAACCUCUGAGGAACAUAAAAGAGGAGUUCCACAGGAUUGCAGGGCUUCCCAAUGUCUUAGGGUGCAUAGAUGGCACCCAAAUACCCAUCACUGCUCCAGCACAAAAUGAGGGGGACUAUGUUAAUAGGAAGUCCUUCCACAGCAUUAAUGUUCAGAUCAUAUGUGAUGCAGCACAUAUCAUCACUAAUGUGGAGGCCAAGUGGCCAGGCUCCGUCCAUGAUUCCCGGAUCUUCCGCGAGUGUAGCCUGAGCAAUAGAUUUGCACGUGGAGAGUUUGAUGGCUACCUACUUGGGGACCGAGGAUAUCCGUGCCAGCCCUCUCUACUGACCCCUUACCCUGACCCUGAGCCGGGCCCCCAACAGCGUUUCAAUGGGGCCCACUGCAGGACUAGAGCCCGGGUUGAGAUUACUUUUGGCAUUCUCAAAUCCCGGUUCCAGUGUCUGCGUAAACUCAGGGUCACCCCAGAGAGGGCAUGUGACAUUAUAGUGGCAUGUGUUGUUCUCCAUAAUAUUGCCACUAUUAGAGGAGAGCAACACCCUGCCAUACAAUACAAUUUAAUGACCCUGAGGAUGACCAUCCCAUCUACCCUGCAGAUGUCCAGGAUGGAAGGGCCGUAA